CCUAGGAUGCCUGGAAGGUGAGUAAAUUAUGGGCUAAUUUUCAUUUUUGGGUGAACUAACCCUUUAAGCUGCAGUUGGAUGCUGGCUGCCGUAUUCCAGAAAGCAGAUUAUUAUCCGUAUAUGUACCUGGGUAUGUUGCAUAAGUAAAUGAAUAACCUCUACUUUUGAAAGGUAACCUUCAAGGUAAGUAGGCAUAGCAACUUUUUUAUGAUAUAAUUUAUUUAGCAGUGGUGUAGUUGGAACCAAACGCACUAAUAUGUCCUGUGCUUCCUUUUUCUAAGGGCUGUUUGCAUAUCAAUAUUUGCCUUUUAAGUUGCUCAAGUUUGCUUUUCCCGCCAAUGAUUGACUGUCACACUCACGCACACACAAGGGGAUGGAAGAGACGAGAGAUGAGUAGCAAUACUAUUCAACCAUUUAUUAAACAAUGUCUUUAAAAAAGACAACAGCAUCGAACAAGUAAUGAGGCUCUUAACUGAGUGGUUUUGGCAGAUGUAGUAGUCCCAAAGUCCAGUAGUUGAGCCACGCCACAGCAUCGACGGAGAGAGCAACAAGGCUUGUGAACGGUAGACCAGACAAUGUGACAAUGGCAGAGAGUCCUGUUUUAUAGGGCGUGGCUCAACGAGCAACAGAUACACACAGUUUCUUAAAGAUUUCCUGGAGUCUGCAGAGCAGAAUUACUUUGUUGGGUUUCGUGUGCAUUAUUAUCUGUUCACUGAUCAACCACAACAUGUUCCUGAACUAAAACUGGGUGAAGGACGUCAGCUGACAGUAAUGGAAGUGCCUAGUUCUAACAGAUGGCAGGAGAUCACUUUGAGCAGGAUGGAAAGGCUGGAGAAACUGAUUGAGAGUCGAUUGAUCAAUGAAGCAGACUAUGUUUUCAGCCUUGAUGUGGACACAAAGUUCUACGGGCGAUGGGGGUCAGAGUCUUUGGGUCGUCUUAUAGGUGUGAUACAUCCUGGUUACUAUCAAGCAUCACGUGAACAGUUCCCAUAUGAGCGCAGACCAGAGUCUCAAGCGUUCAUUCCUCAUGCUGAGGGUGAUUAUUAUUACGGAGGAGCUGUGAUCGGUGGAUUAGUGAAAGAUGUAUAUGAGGCUGCUAAAACCUGUCGGGAGCAGCUGGACAUUGAUGCAGCUAAAUCUAUUGAGGCAGCAUGGCAGGAGGAGUCCCAUUUGAACAGGUACUUCCUGUAUAACAAACCCAGCAAGGUGCUCUCACCAGAAUAUCUGUGGCAGGACUUCAAAGCUCACACAAAUGAAGUCAAAAUCAUUCGCUUCUCUCAAGUUAUUAAAAACUAUGCUGCAGUUCGUCCAAACUAAUAGCAGCUGUUGUCUGAACAUUCAUGCACCUCGUUUGGAAUUAGUACCUGCCCGGCAUGUAAAUGUUACUGGUGUUCUUGUCGACUAACAAAACCAGUGCCCAACUAUUUUUUUUAAUGAGAGAUAAAAACAUCAUAUAACAGAAUAAGCAGAUUAUCAGAACAAUUUUUCCCAACACUUUUGUAUAGGUGACAGAGAAGGCAAAUGAAAGGCACUUUAAAUGCUAACACUGGUGAAGGAUUUGAAUGAUUUUUCCAUUUAUUCAGAAUGUACAUGAUCUAACGUUUAAAGUGAAGUAGCAUUAGGAGUGUCUUGUUGUAUAUAACCAAAAUAUAUAGAGAGAGAUUCACAUUUCUUCUCAUUUUCAUCAAUCUGGAUUUCAGUCAUAUCUGUUCUGUGUCUGAUAUAUGUCAUUAUUUCCUAACCCUUUGUUUUUAUUAUGUUGUUCUAACCAAACUCUUGGUGUUGAAAUAAAAUCAGAGCAACAACUGUUUGGACAGGAAAAUACCUGACAGAGAAACUGUUUAUUUGUAUAUCAGUCAUCAGUGAUGGGAUAUCAUUGAGAGGGAUACCGACAUCAUGAAAAUGGGUAUAAAGGUGGCAUUUCAUUACAAACGGACAAACGCUACUUUGAGCCCAAAUAGCAGAAUUUAAUAGAAUUUAUCAUGUCUUAUUAAUUGGUUUAUAUGCUUUAUUUGUUUUGGGUUUCAUUUAAUGAUUUGGAAAUUGUCUCAAAGGACCUUUAGAGUGCACCUGACAUAAAUCCCCCAUGAGCCAACACACAACAACAACAACACUGGCAUGGAAAUACUCCCUGCCUGGGAAUAAGUAUGAAGCACUAGAAGGAACAAAUAGUGCGGCUAAGACCAGAUAAAUUAAAGUACUAUAUAAAGAACUGCACAAAGGUACCUUCCUAACGGUCUAACUGAAUUAAUAACUACUUUUAUUCUUCUGGUAUGUUUUAAGCUAAUAGUUUAACCGUAUACUCACCAUUUCUUUCAUUAAAUACUGGCCUUCCCAGUGCUGAAUGAACUUAGAACAACUGAGUUUUUCUGUCUCACAUGAAAAACAUUUUAUGCGCUGUAUUAGUUUUUGUUGAUCUUAUGAAAACAUAAUGGAAAUUUAAUCAAAACCAGUUCAACUAGGUAACAAUACCUUGUGUUAUCAUAUUUACAGUGCUGUCAGACUUUGAAUGAAGUGAACAAUUGUGGCAAACAGUAAAUGUUUUGUUACAUACUACAUAAAUUUCUUCAGAUAACCUUCAGAUAAUGUGCUGGUUUCAUGCAAGUCAAAAUUGUCAUGUUUAUGGGUAUAUAUCAUUAAAAUAAUUGAAGGUUACCACUUUUUUCUAGUAUAUGUUUUAGUGUGCCUACCUAGGACUUUUAUUUUAUCCCUCUUGGCCACCCAUUAAAAAUUUCUCAACAGUGUCAAAAUGACUGUAUAAUGAUUAAUCAAAUUAAAUAAGGCGGGCAUUACUGUUAGGCCACCUGUACAGAAGACGAGCACGAAUAUAAGCAUGAUGCUUCCGUUUUAACAGUUAACAAGUGGGAUAAGAGAUAAGUAAACUUUUAUUAUUUGACAACUGUUACGGCAUGUUAAACGACCUACAGUAAUAUCGAGAAAUAAAAACAA